UUGACGCCUGAAAGAGUCACAAUGUAGUCAAAUAUACUAUUAAUGGAAAAGAGAGAAAGUUGUAUGAAUCCUGUGCUGACCUGCGCAAAGCACUUGAAAUGCGACCAACCUAGUAAGGCUUCGUAUUUUUAAUCGAGCUUUGCGUCUUAUCAUCAUACAGACGCGCUAAGUCAAAUUUUUAUUUAUUCACGUAAAUAAUCCGUAUAUCUGCAAGGCUCCAUGUCACGUGAGGGAAUGCCCGGAAUGUGACUUGAACAUUGAUGUCAAGUGCCGUUGUGGUAACAUGGACCGCAAGAUCGCUUGCAAGGACUUGACAAGUAAGACCGAUGAUGCGCGCUCUGAGAAGCAUUGCAAGAAGAAGAGAACCUGCAGUAAACACAAUUAUAAUCAGCUGUGCUGCAUCGACAUCGAACACAUCUGUCUAUUACUAUAUUCAAAGACUUUAAGCUGUGGUCGGCACAAAUGCCGAAAGCAGGAAAGAUGUCACGAAGAAAUAUUCGUCUUGCUUGGAGAGCAGCUUGAAGAAUUGUAGUGUGAAUACAGCGCCGAGGUGCCGAUACUAUAUAGUAUGAGAUUUAUCUGCCGAUACUAUUGUAUAUGGUAUGAAGACCCACUUGCAAUCGACCGUGUUCGUGCGAACAUCUCUGUGACCACAAAGUAUUACACAACUGCCAUAGCGAGCCCACAUGUUCACUUUGCAGCGUCUUAAUUUAUAAAUAGCCACGGCAGAUGUGACAAGACAAAGUUGCAUUUAUAAUGUAUAUUAUAUUAUUUAAAAAAUAAAAUGUGAAUUUGUGAAAAAA